GGCUGUCCUUACCGGCUCCGGGCCAAGACGGCCGAGGUUCCGCCUGUUCACCCAUACAUGAUUUUCUGCCGUUUCUUGGCAAAAAUGGCAACCAGUGAUGCCGUUCUCAAGAGACUGGAACAGAAGGGUGCCGAGGCAGAUCAAAUUAUUGAAUAUCUUAAGCAGCAAGUUGCUCUUCUUAAGGAGAAAGCAAUUUUGCAGGCAACUUUGAGAGAAGAGAAGAAACUUCGAGUUGAAAAUGCUAAAUUGAAGAAAGAAAUUGAAGAAUUGAAACAAGAGCUAAAAGAAAUUCAAAAUGGAGUAUAACAGAUACCAUUCCCAUCUGGUAUUCCACUGCAAGCUGAUUCUGCGGUUUCUGAAAAUGUGAUACAGUCUAUACCAAUAACAGCCAUAUCUUCUGGUGCCAAAGAGCAGAUAAAAGGAGGAGGAGGAGAAGAAAAAAAGAUGAAAGAGAAAAUUGAAAAGAAAGGAGAGAAAAAGGAGAAAAAACAACAACCAGCAGGAGGAAGUGCUGACUCUAAGCCUAUUGAUGUAUCCCGUCUGGAUCUUCGAAUUGGUUGUAUCAUCACUGCCAGAAAACACCCUGAUGCAGAUUCUUUGUAUGUAGAAGAGGUAGAUGUUGGAGAAACAGCCUUAAGAACAGUUGUCAGUGGCCUGGUGAAUCAUGUUCCUCUUGAACAGAUGCAAAAUCGGAUGGUGAUUUUACUUUGUAACCUGAAACCUGCAAAGAUGAGGGGAGUAGUAUCUCAGGCAAUGGUGAUGUGUGCUAGUUCACCAGACAAAGUUGAAAUCUUGGCACCUCCUAAUGGGUCUGUUCCUGGAGACAGAAUUACCUUUGAUGCUUUCCCUGGAGAGCCUGACAAGGAGCUGAAUCCUAAGAAGAAGAUUUGGGAGCAGAUCCAGCCUGAUCUUUACACUAAUGAUGAGUGUGUGGCUACAUACAAAGGAGCUCGCUUUGAGGUGAAAGGGAAGGGAGUCUGUAGGGCUCAAACUAUGGCCAACAGUGGAAUAAAAUAAAAUAAAACACUUCAGUUACUGAAAUACAUUAGAGAAAACUUAACAAUAAAAAGAAAUAUAUUUGUCACUUGUA